AUGGACACUAUCGACAGUCAUCAAGAAACGCAAUUGACAGUGGUCAAUCUGUAUCGUUUGCUGUACGCUAUGGAACGGGACGACGCUCCAACUGGUCAGUCGUGGCAGUCGCUCUUGACGCGAGCCGAACUGGCACAGUCUUUGUGGCAGCGUAUCGCACCUUCCGUUCGCGAUAGGCAAUCAACCACAAAUUUCAAAGCCUGGCAAUACCGAGUGGAAAGAGCCUGCGCCCGGGCUCAGCAAGCUGCUGAGGACCGUCGGCGGCAGGAUCCGAACGCCGAAAAUGAUUUAGUGAAGCAGAUAUUUUUCGCCAAUCGCCAAAGCCCCCAAGAAACUGGACAGGGUGAAGACGACGAAAACGACGACGACGACGAGAGCACCUCUUCACAACUCGACACGUUUAGUGAACACACGCCAUCCCCGUCUCCAAACGCCGCUACCACGAAUCAGCGUUUUUCCAACGCCAGUUUGGAAGACUUACAAAAAGAGCAGCGUAAUCAAAUCGAACAAGCUAUUGGUCAAAUGGCCGCUCAAAUGAAAGCGGAGAUGUCCCGGAUCCACGAAACGCUUCGGAACCAAACCGAAGAUCUCGACGACAUGGAAGAUUUGGCGGCUGAUAAUGUCCAGAAGGUUUCUGAGGUGGCGGACGACGUGAAGCAUCACGUGUCGGCCAGUUGGUCGCGAACGAUUGGCACUUGGACAAUGAUUUUUGUCAUGCUGGGUGCCUUUUUGUUUUGCCUCGUGACCAUUCAAAUGGCACCCAAACGAAAAGGGACUUGCUUGUUUUACUGCCCCACGCCAGAUACGGAGCUCUUUUGCCGUUUGCUUCCAACUGGGCAGAAAGAAUGCGUUGAUAGUGAACAAAUCCGCCGUACGAAAGUGGACGAAGCCGCUGAAACCGAGGAUAGUUCAUUUUUGUAUAUGGACGACACUAAUCAAUUUGUCUUUGACAAUGGAGAUCCCCAAGACAAGUUGCCAAGCGUUGCAACGUGUGAGCUUGAUAUGAACGGCGAUUGCGUGGAAGAAUAUUUUGACGACGAUGAGGAAGUUUUUGUUCUUCCGCCAGCGGAACAAAUACGUCACGAAGCGCUCCGUGAUUACACACAAAUGCAAUGCGCCGCCAACGAUAUCCAGGCUUCUCUUUCGGAAGCCAGCCACCAAGUCGAGGGUAUCCAAUACUCUUCACCAUCUUCCAAAGAUGAAGCUUUAAUUCAGAGCACAAAAAAGAGAGAAUCGUUGACAAGCGAAAGAGAGCUUCCAAAAGUUUGA